AUGAUGGCGCGAAAUUUGGUUUUACGUCAAAUAAAAGACUUAAGAACAUUAAGAAAAUUCUCCAGAAGUUGCAUUUUAUAUAGGAAUGAUGAUUAUAUUAUUAAAUCACCUAUAUCUGAUAUAACAAUGCCGAACAUGAGGUUAAUGGAUCGUUUGUGGUUAUUUUCGUCAUCAUUUCAGGACCAUGUUGCUAUUGAAUGUGCUGUUACUAAGAAAAAAUAUACUUACAAAAAAAUUAUGAAACAUAUGGCGGUAUUUGCUACAUCACUUCGAAAGAAAUUAGGCCUAAAUCCUAACGAUAUUGUUAUUUCAUUAUUACCAAACAUACCUGAAUAUCCUGUUGUGGCUCUGGGAACUAUUCAAGCAGGAUGUAUUUUCAGCUCUGUUAAUCCAAUUUAUAAAGAAGCUGAAAUAUGUCAUCAAAUGAGCAUUACAGAGCCAAAAGUAGUCGUUACAAUACCAGAAUGUUACGAUACUGUUGUGAAAGCUCUAAAAAUGGCUAAGAGUCAAGCCAAAAUUGUUCUUAUUGAUAACCCUAACAAAGCAGUACCAGAAGGCGCUAUAAGAUAUACUGAAAUUGCUGAAACAGAUGACGUUGAUUAUGCCUUGCUUGACAAAGUGGAGAAAAACUUAGAAGAUGUGGCUUUGAUACCUUUUUCCAGUGGCACCACUGGACUUCCAAAGGGGGUCGAAAUCACCUACAAAAACCUUAUCGCUGGACUCGAAGUAAUGGCGAAAGAGGAAAACUGCUUUCCCAUUCUAACUAAUGGUAAUCAGCAAGACGUAGUGCCAUGCAUCCUUCCAUUCUUCCACAUUUACGGGAUGGUUGUAACUUUACUUGGACAUUUUGUUAAGGGCUGUAAAUUGAUUACCCUACCGAGGUUUUCCGCAAAUACGUAUUUUGAUGUGUUGAAGAAUCAAAAUCCGACGAUAUUGUAUGUAGUUCCUCCUGUUGCAAUACUCCUAGGAAAACAUCCUGAGGUAACAAAAGAUCACUUGAAACAUGUUAAAUUCAUGGUAUGUGGGGCGGCACCUCUGUCUGCUUCCGAUGCAAAUGCGGUAUUAGAAAAGAGCAAUGGCAAAUUAGAAUUUAAACAAGGUUAUGGAGCAACAGAAACGACAUCGCUAACAACAUCAACUCUUAUAGGAGCCACUGAUAUAGACUACUCAUCGUGCGGGAUGCCACUUGCUAAUACAGAGAUCAUGUUUCUUGGUAGUGAUGGCAAGCCUGUUCCUAUUGGCGAGCCUGGAGAAUUUUGCACGAGGUCACCAACAGUAAUGAAAGGUUAUUACAAAAAUGAAAAAGCUACAAAAGAAAGUAUGACAGAGGACGGAUUUUUCAAAACUGGUGAUUUGGGACAUUAUGAUCCUAAAUACGGCUUUUAUGUGACUGAUAGAAUAAAAGAACUUAUAAAGGUUAAAGGCAUGCAAGUAGCUCCGGCAGAAUUGGAGGGCCUUUUAAGGUCUCAUCCUGCGGUAGCUGACGCUGCAGUGAUUGGUGUUCCACACGAGUAUUUCGGUGAAGCACCAAAAGCUUUUAUAAUAAAGAAAGGUGGUCAAAAUACAUCACCGGAAGAACUACAAGACUUUGUCGCCAAUAAAGUUGCGUCAUUCAAGAAAAUCGAAGAAGUGGUCUUUGUAGAUGACAUCCCUAAGACUACCUCCGGAAAAAUAUUAAGGAAGGAACUGAAAAAAAUGUAUGCGUAG